GUGUCUCUCUCAAUUUAAAUUACUUUUACCUAGACGGCAACGACAUAAGCAUUCUCUCUGUGCGGCGUCUCACGUUCAGCUUUUGCAAUUGUUAAAAUAGAUUUUUAAAAAAAAUUUCAAAUAAAAACGUGCUAAAGCAUUUUUAAGGCUUUUACAAACAAGCAAAUAUGGCCGAUAAUGACGAUCUUCUCGACUAUGAGGAUGAAGAGCAGAACGAGACCGCAACAGUAGAGACGCAAGAGGCACCAAAGAAAGACGUGAAGGGUACCUAUGUAUCCAUACACAGCUCGGGCUUCCGCGAUUUCCUGCUAAAGCCAGAAAUAUUGCGUGCAAUUGUUGACUGCGGCUUUGAGCAUCCGUCAGAGGUUCAACAUGAGUGCAUUCCGCAAGCCGUGCUUGGCAUGGAUAUUUUAUGUCAGGCCAAGUCAGGUAUGGGCAAAACUGCUGUAUUUGUGCUUGCCACGCUGCAGCAGCUCGAGCCAGCUGAGAAUAAUACCUGCCAUGUAUUGGUGAUGUGUCACACUCGAGAGCUGGCAUUCCAGAUUAGCAAAGAGUAUGAACGUUUCUCUAAGUACAUGCCAACUGUGAAGGUUGCUGUUUUCUUUGGCGGUCUUUCGAUUCAAAAAGAUGAAGAGACUCUCAAGAUGGGCACCCCACAUAUUGUGGUUGGUACCCCCGGUCGUAUCUUGGCCCUCAUACGAAAUAAAAAACUUAACCUGAAGCACUUGAAGCAUUUCGUACUUGACGAAUGUGACAAGAUGUUGGAGCAACUGGAUAUGCGACGGGACGUGCAGGAGAUUUUCCGUAGCACACCACACGGAAAACAAGUUAUGAUGUUCUCUGCUACGUUGAGCAAAGACAUACGACCCGUAUGCAAAAAGUUUAUGCAAGAUCCCAUGGAAGUGUAUGUGGAUGAUGAGGCCAAGUUGACUUUGCAUGGUCUACAACAGCACUAUGUAAACCUCAAGGAGAACGAGAAGAACAAGAAGCUGUUUGAGUUGCUCGAUGUUCUUGAGUUUAAUCAAGUCGUCAUCUUUGUCAAGUCGGUGCAAAGAUGUGUGGCACUAUCACAGCUGCUGACGGAGCAAAAUUUCCCAGCAAUUGGCAUACAUCGCGGAAUGACACAAGAGGAGCGUCUCAAUCGUUAUCAGCAAUUUAAAGAUUUCCAGAAACGCAUUUUGGUUGCUACAAAUCUUUUUGGACGCGGCAUGGAUAUUGAGCGUGUAAACAUCGUAUUUAAUUAUGACAUGCCAGAGGAUUCGGACACGUAUUUGCAUCGUGUGGCACGUGCUGGACGUUUUGGUACCAAGGGUUUGGCCAUUACCUUUGUUUCGGACGAGAACGAUGCGAAGAUACUUAACGAAGUACAAGAUCGUUUUGAUGUCAAUAUUAGCGAGCUACCGGAAGAAAUCGAUUUAUCUACUUAUAUUGAAGGACGCUGAGUCGUGUGGAAAUUUGCUGCAUAGCCAGACUCUUACUGGAAACUUAAGAUCUUAAUAAUAUUUUUUACAAGUCUCCUCUUUAUAAUAAUUAAAAGCCCUCACAUCUUGUGUUGACAUAGAGAAAAAUA